CGCGCCCUCUACACUGCGCGCUGCCUGCAGACGAAACCUCGCGUAUAUCAAUCCCUCGCGAAACAGACUGCAAUCGCCGUCGCGGAUCUACACGGCCCUCCACCCUCACACUUCGGCUCACGCUGAGCGCGUGCUCACACACCCACACCCACACCACUACACGACCGCAACCAUGGCGCUCAACGCGUCUUCCCACAACACUACCGGCGAGAAGACGACGCCAAAUACUGCGCCGCCGCCCGAGCUGAGCGAGGACUCCAAGAAGGACAUCCUCGGCGCCGCCGAAAAGGAAGCCACUGGCCAGCAUGCGCCCGGCCGUGAGAACGACAAGGGCGUAGAGAAGAAGGAAAAGACGGCAAAGGAGCUUGAGAAGGAGAGGAAGAAGGCCGAAAAGGACGCAAAGUUCAAGGCCAAGAAAGCCGCUGCUGCUGCCGGCGCCGCAAAGGAUGCUGCUGCCCCAGCCAAGGAGAAGAAGAAGAAGGGCAAAGAGGAGGAGCAAUUGCCCGAGUACGUCGAGGAGACACCCAAGGGCGAGAAGAAGCGCUUGCAGAGCAUGGAUGGUCCAUACACCAAAGCAUACAUCCCCAAGGUUGUCGAAUCCGCAUGGGACGCUUGGUGGGACGCCCAGGGCUUCUUCAAGCCUCAGUUUGCAGAGGAUGGCAACGUCAAGUCACCCGGCCAUUUCGUUAUUCCCAUUCCCCCGCCCAACGUCACGGGCAAGCUGCAUUGCGGACAUGCGCUUGCGACGAGUCUUCAAGAUGUUCUCAUAAGGUGGCACAGGAUGAGGGGGUACACCACGCUGUAUCUGCCUGGCUGCGACCACGCCGGUAUUGCCACGCAGUCCGUCGUCGAGAAGAUGUUGAAGCGAAGAGAGAACAAGACAAGAUAUGAUCUGGGUCGCCAAAAGUUCUUGGAGAGGACUAUGGAGUGGAAGCAAGAGUACCACCAGCACCUCACCAACACCCUGCGCCGAAUGGGAGGUUCCUUUGAUUGGACCCGUGAGGCCUUUACCAUGGAUGAGAAUCUGUCAAAAGCCGUCACAGAGACUUUUGUACGGCUCCACGAAGACAGCCUCAUCUACCGCAGUAACCGGCUGGUCAACUGGUGCACAGCCUUGAACACGGCCUUGAGUACCCUCGAAGUCGACAACAAGGAUUUGGCUGGCCCAACUAAGCUGUCUGUUCCGGGAUACGAGAGGAUGGUCGAGUUUGGUGUGCUUACCCACUUCAAGUACGCUAUCGACGGUACAGACCAGUUCAUCGAGAUUGCUACUACGCGUCCCGAAACCAUGCUGGGUGACUCUGGUAUCGCUGUCCACCCCAACGACGAGCGCUACAAGCACCUUGUUGGCAAGAAGGCGAAACACCCAUUUGUCGAUCGUCUCAUGCCCAUUGUUGCAGACGAAUACGUCGACCCCGAGUUCGGUACUGGAGCCGUCAAACUGACACCCGCACACGACCCCAACGAUUUCAACCUUGGCAAGAAGCACAAGCUUGAGUUUAUCAACAUUCUUAAUGACAAUGGAACCAUGAACAAGAACGCCGGCCAGUUCGAAGGCGCGAAGCGCUUUGAUGUUCGUUACACCGUGGUAGACGCACUGAAGAAGGAGGGUCUCUUCGUCAAGACUGAGCCAAACCCCAUGAAGGUGCCCAUCUGCUCGAGGUCUGGUGACGUCAUCGAGCCUAUCAUGAAGCCACAAUGGUGGAUGAAGAUGGAAAGCCUGGCUAAGCCUGCCAUUGAGGCUGUUGAGAAAGGAGACAUCAAGAUCCGGCCCGCCACUUCUGAGAAGAUCUACAUGCACUGGAUGAACAAUGUUCAGGACUGGUGCUUGUCUCGUCAACUCUGGUGGGGUCACCAAAUACCCGCCUACUUUGUGGAAAUCGAAGGCGGCCAGGGUGACCAAAGCGAAGACGAGCUCUGGAUUACCGGUCGCACAGAGGAAGAGGCUAGAGCAAAGGCCGGGAAGAAGUUCCCUGGCAAGAAGUUCACGUUGUCUCGAGAUGAGGACGUGCUCGACACAUGGUUCUCCUCUGGUCUGUGGCCCUUCUCUACCCUGGGCUGGCCAAACCAGACUGUCGACUUGGAAAAACUCUUCCCCACCUCUGUGCUGGAGACGGGUUGGGAUAUUCUCUUCUUCUGGGUUGCUAGGAUGAUUUUCCUAUCCUUGUACCUGACUGGAAAGGUUCCGUUCAAGGAGGUCUACUGCCACUCUCUUAUUCGCGACUCCGAAGGCAGGAAGAUGUCCAAAUCUCUGGGCAACGUUGUAGACCCUGUGGAUAUCAUGGACGGCAUUAGUCUGCAGAAGCUCCACGAUCAACUUCGUGCAGGCAACCUGGAUCCUAAGGAGUUGACCAAGGCAGAGAAGUACCAGAAGACCGCCUUCCCUCAGGGUAUCCCCGAGUGCGGUGCCGAUGCAUUGCGCAUGGCCCUUGUCGGAUACACGACAGGUGGCGGAGAUAUUUCUUUCGAUGUCAACGUCAUUCACGGAUACAGAAGGUUCUGUAACAAGAUCUACCAGGCUACCAAGUAUGUCAUCGGACGAUUGGGAGACUCCUUCACCCCCCAGGCGAAGGCUGCCAAGAGUGGAAAAGAGUCUCUGCCUGAGCGCUACAUCCUCCACCAGCUCAACGCCGCAGCCAAGAAGAUCAACGACCACUUGAAUGCCCGCGAGUUCAGUCUUGCAACACAGGUUGCGUACAAAUACUUCUACGUCUACCUCUGCGACACAUAUAUUGAGAACAGCAAAGCCAUCUUUGAUGAAGGAAGCGAAGAGCAGAAGGAGAGCGCCAAGCAGACCCUUUACACAGCUAUCGAGGGUGGUUUGAACAUGAUUCAUCCAUUCAUGCCAUUCAUCACCGAAGAGCUCUGGCAGCGACUGCCCCGAAGGCAAGGCGACAAGACGCCUUCCAUCACCAUCGCGCCUUUCCCAGAGUUCUCAUCAGAGCUCGAAGACGAGACGGCAAACGCCGAGUACGAGCUUCUCGUCGACAGCGCAAAGGCUCUCCGCUCCCUCACUGCCGAGUACAGCAUCAAGGAAGGCGCGUCGACAUACAUUCAGUCGCUCAACGACUCGACACACUCAACCCUUUCCUCUCCCACCUCCCUCCCCUCGAUCCGCGCGCUGGCCGGAAAGACGGUCGCCGACAUCAAGAUCCUCUCGCCCACCGAGACAGCACCCUCCGACUGCGCCGUAUACACAAUCGGCACCUCUGCGACUGCCUACCUCGACGUCAAGGGCCGCAUCGAGCCCGACAAGGAAAUCACAAAGGCGCAAGAUCGCCUCACAAAGGCCAACGAGACCAUCACGCGCCAGAAGAAAAUCAUGGAUGCUGAGUGGGAGCAAAAAGUCAGUGAUGCCGUCAAGGAGCAGGAGCGCGAGAAGCUCAGAACUGCGGAGCUGGAGGCUAAGAAUUGGGAGGCGAGUAUUGCGCAGUUUGAGAAGAUGAAGAUUUAAGUGCAUGUGUGGUAUGGUAUGGUAUGCUAUGCUAUGCUAUGGGGGAGUUUCGAUAUGAAUGUGAAGGAACAAGGAAAAAUGAAGGGAUACAUGGCCUUUU